AUGGACGGAACCGAUGCAAUCCGAUCCCUCCUGGACGACAGGGCAUUCACCUUCGAUGCCUCGGCCAAACCGCUACCCUACUUCUUUACCACUAUUCUGAUUAUUUUUUUUAUUUACUCGCUACAGGGCUCCAAGCUCAACAUCCCGUCGAUCAACCAGAAGAAGCUAUAUGAGCUCACUAACAGCCGGCCGAAGAGGAAUUAUCUCACCAAUGCGAGAGGUAUCAUGCGCCAAUGGUUCAGCAAAAACCCGAACAAGCCUACGAGGUUGAUAAGUGACAUGGGCGAAACCAUUGUGCUGCCACCAUCAAUGGCCAACGAAAUUCGCAACCACAAAAACCUGAGCUUUACUGAAUUCUCCAAAGAAUUUUUCCAAACAAAGUACCCCGGUUUUAACGCGUUUGCUGAAGGGAACCACGACAGCAUCACUUUGGUCGUCAUCAACAAGGACCUGACGAAACAACUAGCCAAGGUAACCGAGCCUUUGGCCGACGAAACGUCUCUUGCCCUCCGAGACAUCUUCACAGAAAACAAAGAUUGGCACGCGAUCCCCAUGCGCUCAACUGUCCUCCACUUCAUUGCUCGUAUCUCUUCGCGCGUGUUUUUGGGCACAGAGCUCUGCCGCAACAAAUCCUGGCUUGAGAUCACCAAAAACUAUACCCUCAAUGGUUUCACUGCUGCCGAUCGACUCCGUGAAUACCCUCCGUUCCUCCGCAACUUCGUUCACUGGUUUCUCCCUGGCUGCCAGUCCGCCCGCAAGCAGAUCCAGGAAGCCACUGCCAUCAUAAAGCCGAUUGUUGACAAACGUCACGCUCUGAAGGCCCAAGCUAUUGCGGAAGGUCGAUCGGUACCCGAGUAUCACGACGCUAUUGAGUGGUUUGAGCAAGCCUCGGUCUCCAAAGGAACGCCUCACAACCCGGCUCUUAGUCAGCUUUUCCUAUCAACGGUUGCCAUUCAUACUACAACAGAUCUAUUGGGUCAGGUGCUAGUUGACUUGGCGAAGCACCCCGAGAUCAUCAAGGACUUGCAAAAGGAGGUCUUGGAUGUGCUUAAGGAUGGUGGCUGGAAGAAAACAUCGCUGUACAGCAUGAAGCUUCUCGACAGUGUCAUUAAGGAGAGCCAGCGCAUCAAGCCUUUGCAGAUUGCAAGUAUGCAGCGAGUCUCCACUGCCGACGUGACACUUUCCGACGGAACCUUCAUCCCAACGGGAACCCCUGUCUGUGUCUCCUCACACGCCCUUUGGGACCCUGAAGUAUACCCGGAGCCAGAUAAGUGGGAUGGGUACCGGUUUUACCGCAUGCGGGAGCAAGCCAACAAGGAGAAUGUGUCGCAACUUGUCAGUACCAGCCCGGAGCACCUUGGCUUUGGCCACGGCAAGCAUGCCUGCCCUGGACGCUUCUUUGCCGCCAACGAGAUCAAGAUCGCGCUCGCCCACAUCUUGCUACAAUAUGAGUGGAGGAUACCCGCUGGUGCCAAUACUGAUAUUACCGAUUAUGGUGGCAACCCUGUGCUCAACCCGCACUUGGAACUCGAAAUUCGUAGACGCGCUGGCGAGAUCGAUAUGAGUCUCUGA